CUCCGCCAUCCUAGCUUCAAUACUGAGCCGAAGCUCAUUCGAACAUUAAAUUCGACAGAAAUGAAGCAAACUCGUGCUAAGUGACUGCCGAUUUAGGAAUUGAUAUUAGCAACUUGGGAGCAAUUCUCUAGGGAGUAAAUAAGACAAUAUGUCGCCGCCAUUAUCAGCACAUUUGCGAUGGCGCCGCGAGGUGGAAACCACGACCGAGAAAAUCACCGUGGUCGGCAACCUCACUGCUGGCAACAUGACCACGGGGACUCCAGUUGCAUCUUCAAUCAAUCCUGCUAUAACUUCAGAGGCAACAGCGACUGUAACCACCACUCAAGAAUCGAUUGGGGAAAAGACAGCCGAAAUAGCCCGAAAGAUGAACAUGGAAACAUGGCAACUAGUCGCCAUUCUUGUUGGAGUGGGUGUGGUGGUACUCGGAGUUUGCUUCUGCUGUAUCCGCCGGUGUUUCCGUAAGCGACGCUCCAAGGAUGGCAAGAAAGGGAUGAAAGGAGUCGACUUCAAGUCCGUCCAACUCUUAGGUUCAGCAUACAAAGAGAAGGUUCAGCCGGAUAUGGAGGAGCUGACGGAUAACGCUGAGGAACCAGACGACGGCGAUUCUAAGAAAGAGGAACAGAAGCUAGGAAAACUUCAGUACAAGCUGGAAUAUGACUUUAAUAGCAACAGUCUAUCGGUUACUGUUAUCCAAGCGGAGGAGCUACCGGCUUUAGACAUGGGUGGGACUUCAGACCCAUACGUAAAAGUAUAUCUUUUACCGGAUAAGAAGAAGAAAUUUGAAACCAAAGUUCAUCGAAAAACCCUCAACCCUGUUUUCAACGAAACCUUUGUUUUUAAGAACGUGCCAUACGCUGAUGCAAUGAACAAAACCCUAGUAUUCGCGAUCUUCGACUUCGAUCGGUUCUCCAAGCACGACCAGAUUGGUGAAGUGAAGGUACCCCUGUGUCAGGUCGAUCUUGCGCAAACUAUUGAAGAAUGGCGUGAACUACAGAGCGUCGAGGGCGAAGGUGGCCAGGACAACAAGCUGGGUGACAUAUGUUUCUCUUUGCGUUAUGUCCCAACUGCUGGAAAACUUACGGUGGUAAUUUUGGAGGCAAAGAACUUAAAGAAAAUGGACGUCGGUGGCCUGUCAGAUCCGUACGUAAAGAUUGCACUCAUGCAAAAUGGCAAACGUCUCAAGAAGAAGAAGACGAGCAUCAAGAAAUGUACACUGAAUCCAUAUUACAACGAGUCAUUUACUUUUGAAGUACCAUUCGAACAAAUACAGAAGGUGAAUCUAGUGGUAACCGUUGUGGACUAUGACCGCAUCGGAACGUCGGAGCCAAUUGGCAAGGUGGUGCUUGGAUACAACGCGUCGGGUACUGAACUGCGUCAUUGGUCGGAUAUGCUCGCUAGCCCGAGGCGCCCCAUCGCUCAAUGGCACACUCUCAAAGAUCCCGAAGAUGGUGAGAAGAAGGAUUAAAGAGGAUUAAGAAGAUCAUCGAAACGAGAAAUAGAGGAGCGAGGACGAAGAACAAACGCCUUAUUCAAUAUCUUAUUGGAAUUCAUAAUAAUUCGUCUCUCAAUAUUAGUGUUCUCCUAAGAUAAAUGAAAACGGUGUAAUAUUCAUUCUAAUCUAUAUUUAUUUAUUGUACACCGCCGUUAACGUCCCUUUUAUUAGAACUAUUAAAUUAAAUUUUAUUUAUAUCGAAUAUUUAUAUUUUAUUGAGAUAAU